AUAAACAAGCCAGCGACGAAGCUGAAUAUUUUGCCAAAAAACGUGACAAAAAUAACUCAAAACUAAGGAAAUUCCUGUGAAAUUGCGAGUUUUCGGGCCUGGGAUUCAUUCGGAGCACUUGGACCUGGGCAAACGCGUGAGAAAAACGCAAAAAGCGCAAAACCAAUUUCGGGUCGAUUAAAAUAACAAUAAAGACGACGAGGAAAAACGACAAAGGCGAAAAAUGUCUAUCAUCAAGCCAGAGCCGAGCUAUCACAUUCCGCCAUUGGCACUGGAUGUGAAGCCGACCGAGACAUUGCCAGGUGAAUAUGCAUUCAUUUGUCCGCAGUGCCCGCGAAAAUUCAAGACUAAAGCUACAUUGGACACACAUUACCUGCUGCACUUGAACAAGAAACAACAUCGAUGUAGUUACUGCUCCAAAUGCUACGUGCAACAAGCGAACCUCAAGUACCACAUAAUUGCAGCGCACGAAAACAAGAAGCCCUUUGUGUGUGCCGUGUGCCAGAAGAGCUUCUCGCAGCCCGGAAAUCUCCAGACACAUCUUGCCAUUCAUCAGACGUUCCGGGCGUUCGCGUGUUCCGACUGCAAACAGUCCUUUACGCAACUCGGCAACCUCAAGUCGCACUGCAAGAACAAACACAACGGGUUUCUGCAUCUGGCAUGCGGCAUCUGUCUGCGCACAUACGAAACGACGAAGCAGCUCGUUUAUCACAUCAAGCACUCGUGUCGCAGUAUGAACACGUAUUCGUGCGAUUUGUGCAACGGCGGGAUUUUUUGCGAUGCCACCGACUUGAAUAUGCAUCUGCAGACGGUGCACAAGGGAGGCAACGAUGACGUUCUUAAUGCCAACAAGAGACGACGAAAAACCUCGUAUAAUCCCUAGAACGAACGGAGACCUCCGCGUUAAAUUUUUUUUUGAAAAUUUUUUUUUAUUUUUUUGAUCAUUAUCGCGAUCUCGCGCCCACCAAUCAAAAUUUUAAUUGUUUCUUGUCGACAAAAGCAAUCAUUAACGUAUAGAUCUCCAUGAAACCCAUUUGUCAUUCGUCCUCACGACAAAGAAUCUUCUAAGAUGCAAUAUUCAUUAAUCUUCGAGAGCAAAAAAAUAACGAAAGAACAAAUAUUUGAAAUAUUUACGUAGUAGAGAAUAGGAAAAGAGAGACACUUAACUGCAAUUUUUCAAGAAUUUUCAUUUUUUUACAAAAAUUGGGUCGCUUCAAAUUAAAUUUUUGAAUUUUUUUCCCAAAAUUUUAAAAAUUAAUUUUUUCUGAAUGGGAAUUAUAAUAUGAAAUUUAAAAAAAAAAAUAAGUUUUGAAAUAACUGAAAUAAAAAAUAACUGAAUUCAAACAAUUUUUG